UUCUGCUGCUCACAGCCGUCAAGCCUUAUCCUGCAAGAUGUCGGUGGAAUAUGACAAGUUCAUUGAAUCUGGACGAAAGUGGUUUUGCCAUGUGGACGAUGAUAAUUAUGUGAAUGUCCAGAUGCUAGUCAAACUGCUCUCCAGCUAUGUUCAUACGCAGGAUAUCUACAUUGGGAAACCCAGUCUGGACAGGCCUAUCCAGGCCACUGAGAGAAUCAGUGAGAACAAGAUGCAUCCGGUCCACUUCUGGUUUGCCACUGGUGGUGCUGGUUUCUGCAUCAGUCGUGGUCUGGCCCUGAAGAUGACCCCUUGGGCCAGCGGUGGGCACUUCAUGAGCACGGCGGAAAAGAUUCGUCUCCCUGACGAUUGCACCAUUGGGUACAUCAUAGAAUCUGUCCUGGGGGUGAAACUGAUCCGAAGUAAUCUCUUCCACUCCCAUCUCGAGAACCUCCAUCAAGUGCCCAAAUCAGAGCUCCAUAAGCAGGUUACUUUGAGUUAUGGGAUGUUUGAAAACAAGAGGAAUUCCAUCCAUAUGAAGGGGGCUUUCUCCGUGGAGGAAGAUCCUUCCAGGUUUCGCUCCAUCCAUUGCUUGCUGUACCCGGAUACGCCUUGGUGUCCUUCCAACGUCGUUUACUAAAAAUCUCGACGUCCCCUUAACCUCGUCCCGAGAUCCUCGGUAUCCGAAGAGCUUCUGGGACCUGUAUUUUGUAUCACUAGUGUGUGCG